GAAAGAACAGAGCUAUCAGCUCCAGGCAAUUGGAAAAGAACCACAUUUGAGAAAACAGCUUUAAAGAAGUAUAAAUACUGUCGGAGAGAGGAAGGAACUAUGCAGGUGCGGAAGCAACAGCUCCAGGCUGAGGUGGUCACUGAGGUCCAGGUAUAUCAGCCCUUCAGAAUUCUCCAGUGCCAGCAACCUAAAGGCCUGCAGUCCCAGCUAGAGACAGAGAAAGAGAGAGGGAGGGACACAGAGAAACAGCACGGCAGACAGUGAAGCCGCAGAGCGUUACUGCAGCUGAGGCAGAGAUACAGACCCCUCACCAUGACCUCCCGUAUCGCCAUGGGCCCAUAAGACAGCAGGACCUACACCCCCCACCGCCAAGAGCGAUGCUUUUAGCAGCAUCUCCAGCUCCAACACAUUCAUCUGAUGCAUCUGACUAGUCAAUGGAUCGACCUGUCACGUUUAAACAGGGAGCGAUGUUUGAUGCAGCAUCUCCAGCUCCAACAUGUGCAUCUGAUGCAUCUGACCAAUCAAUGGAUCGACCUGUCACGUUUAAACAGAGAGCGAUGCUUUUGGCAGCAUCUCCAGCUCCAACACAUUCAUCUGAUGCAUCUGACAGGUCAAUGGAUCGCCCUGUCACAUUUAAACAGGGAGUGAUGCUUGAAGCAGCAUCUCCAGCUCCAACACGUGCAUCUGAUGCAUCUGACCAAUCAAUGGAUCGACCUGUCACGUUUAAACAGAGAGCGAUGCUUUUAGCAGCAUCUCCAGCUCCAACAUAUGCAUCUGAUGCAUCUGACCGUUCAAUGGAUCGACCUGUCACGUUUAAACAGAGUGUGAUGCUUGAUGCAGCAUCUCCAGCUCCAACAUGUACAUCUGAUGCAUCUGACCAUUCAAUGGAUCGACCUGUCACAUUCAAACAGAGAGCGAUCCUUGAUGCAGCAUCUCCAGCGCCAACAUGUGCAUCUGAUGGAUCUGACCAAUCAAUGGAUCGACCUGUCACGUUUAAACAGAGAGCGAUGCUUUUAGCAGCAUCUCCAGCUCCAACAUAUGCAUCUGAUGCAUCUGACCGUUCAAUGGAUCGACCUGUCACGUUUAAACAGAGUGUGAUGCUUGAUGCAGCAUCUCCAGCUCCAACAUGUACAUCUGAUGCAUCUGACCAUUCAAUGGAUCGCCCUGUCACAUUCAAACAGAGAAUGAAGCCAGAGCCAGCAUCUCCAGCUCCAACAUGUGCAUCUGAUGCAUCUGACCAUUCAAUGGAUCGACCUGUCACGUUUAAAAGAAUAAAGCUAGAACCAGCAUCUCCAGCGCCAACAUGUGCAUCUGAUUCAUCUGAUCAUUCAAUGGAUCGACCUGUGACGUUUAAAAGACCAUCACCAGCUCCUACCUCCAUUUCUAUGAGGGGACAUUUGACAAAGCAACCACUUUUGUUUAACAGAGGCGAAGAUACUAUUGGCGAGUUAUCAGCCUGCCUGCUGACGGAGGACCACUUCAGAUGUCCAGUGUGUUCAGAUGUGCUGAAGGAGCCGGUCUCCAUCCCCUGUGGACACAGUUACUGUAAGACCUGCAUCCAGACCUACUGGAACAAACCAACCCAUGAAGGAAGCUACUCCUGCCCUCAGUGUAGGAAGAGAUUUAGAACUCGUCCUGCACUGAACCCAAACUCAGCUCUGGCUACAGUGGUGCAGAAACUGCAGCUGGCCGGCUUCAGUCCUGCUCUUCCUGCUCACUGCUACGCUGGACCUGGAGAUGUGUCCUGUGAUUUCUGCACUGGGAGAAAACUCAGAGCAGUGAAGUCCUGUCUGACCUGUGCUGCAUCUUACUGUGAAACCCACGUGAAGCAGCACUACACUGUAGCAGCUCUGCAGAGACACAGACUGGUGGAGGCCACUGGAGAUCUGGAACAGAGACUCUGCAAGCUGCACCAAAGAGCUCUGGAGGUUUUCUGCAAAACUGACCAGAUCUUUAUAUGUUUUAUCUGUACGAUGGUGGACCACAAAGGACAUGAGACUGUUCUGUCUAAUAGUGAAGAUUCUGCUGUUGAGAUACCAGUAUGUCAGCAAGUCAUUGACCCAGUCCAAGUUCCAAUCUACAAAACAGAGCAGUCUGAAGAUGGGAAAUCAUCAAGCGAGAGCAAGAUGGAGCAACAAUUGAUGCAACUCCUAAAAGAACUUACAGCAAGGACUGAGAAAGCUGAGAGUGAGCUGACAGAGCGCUACUGUAGAGGACAUGAACAAGUGAAAGACUUUGAAGUUGAAGUUGCUGCACUUGGUCGUCCAUUGGAUCUUGGAAUGUUGUAUGACUGCCACAAUGAUUCAUUUAGCUCAGGUGUUUUUCUGUGGGAUGAGGACACACUAUCAACUAUGAGAUUGUCUCUACCUCGACCACACACAGAUGUGAGGAUAUUAGAAGGAAAGUAUCUGCAGGACCGACUCCGAGCUCUGGAUCUGACCACUGCUGUUAGAGCUAGUGUUGUAUCAGGGCUGGUGGAAGUGUCUGGAGCUGCUGGCUAUCUGAAGCACCCCACUCAGUCCCAGCUGCAGGACAGAGUCACUGUACACUACAGAGCCACAACCAGACUGGACAUGCUCAGUCACAGACUGCUACACAGUGAAGCUCCUCUCUCACUGACCAAUCAGAACUCAGCAACACAUGUGGUUGUAGCUGUGCUCUACGGAGCACAAGCGUAUUUUGUGCUGGAUGAGAAGAAUGAACAUAGUGAGGAAAGUGGUAAACUGAAAGAUGAGAUUAAGAGAAAUGUAGAAUCCCAAACUGUUGAUGAAUUACUCCUGAAUCUCGAACAAGCAGACUGCUUCUGUGAAUGUGAUCUCUAUGCAGAUGGAGAGGAUUUCAAAGAUCCUGUGGAUUUUAAAUCUGCUGUAAAACAGUUUAGGUCACUGCAUGAGUUAUUAGAACCUGAUAGUGAGAGAGCGGUUCCUCUGAAAGUGUGGCUUUACCCUCUGAAGAAUCUAAAACCAACGUCUGCUUAUGUAGUUAGCAACAUCAGUGAAGACCUACUGAACAAUGCAGUUGAUGUUCUUGAGCAUCUAGAGAAGAACAUCAACAUUAGUCAGGACAUGAUGUCCAUUAACUCUACUCUUGGUGUACCUACAUGGUAUCCAGGUUUGAAAGAGGCUCUUUUUGAGUAUUCUGCGCUUCUGCAAAAGUACCAGUCAGUGUUUCAGAAAAAACUGGCCUCCUGCAUUAGAACUGGACGAGAGAGAGGAGAAGGAGAGAAGAAUUUGCGAGAUUUUCUGAAGAGGAAUGAACAGUCACCAUUCAGCCCACAAAACACGCAUCACUGGCUUUUAAACAAAGCUGCAAAAGUUGUAGCUCUGAAUGAUUGCAGAUCUGCAAACAUCACCAUUCUGAAAUCACAGAAAGCAUUACAGCAGGUGAUUGAAGAUUCACAAGCAGACAAAGUGUUGUGCUUCACUCUCUCAUCACUGGAGGCUAAAGAUCCCUUUCUCUCAGCUCUCAAACAGCACAUGGAUUUAGUAAACACAGACAACACACUUAAGACAGAGCCAUUAUUCAAGCUCCCAGAUAUCCGCCACAAAAUUCGCAAUGAUUUUCAUUUAUUUCUGUCAAGCAUGGUGACAAAUGAAGAUGAAGAGCAUAUCAAGUUUCUUGUUGCGUUCAUACCCUUGCCCUCUUUUUCUGAAUACUCUGUUUGGCUUUAUCAGUGUGGUAAUAUUGUGAGUUCCAGUGUUAAACUUGACUUUAAACCAGAGAACCCAGAAAUACUCAACAUAAAACAGACAUUUGUUUCCCUGAGACUGCAUAGAUCAGAGUCUAGUGCCGUACAGUGGUACACAGUGGAGUACAGAGCUGUGAUCUGCAGAGGAAACAACCGUGUUUGUUUGAAAUGGCGUGAUGUUGAUAUCUGUAGUACUGAAGAAACUUCUGUUAUUAGGGGCCUAAAACCAGGCACGCAGUACCAUCUCAGAUAUGCUGUAAUGGACCGUAACAACAUAAGUGACUACAGCAGAAUCACAGAGUUCCAGACACUUCCUAGAGCCAGACCUGGACAGCCUACAGUUCUUAACCAGAAUUCAGACUCUCUCACUGUAAGCUGGCAGAGUCCUGAAGCUGAUGGAGACUCUCCUGUGCUCCACUACAUGGUGGAGUAUAUGGAAGCUGGUCUGGAGGGCUGGCAGUCUGUUCUAACAGAGGGUCCUGAGUGUAUAUACACCAUAACCCAUCCCUACAGCACCUGCUACAGAGUCAGAGUCUCUGCUGUCUACGGAGAAGGAGACACCAGUGAACCCAGUGAGGAAAAAGAAGUGACCCUAAAGAGCUGGAGCAUAGAUGUAAAGAAGAGAAAGGCCUCCCUCUUCUUGGAAGUGCUGAAACUCCAAACCGUGAAGAAACCAGUAGAACUGAGAGGCUGGUCAAAUAAAGAGAGUGAAGUGAGGAGUUUCCUUCAGUGUCUGCCCUUCAUCUCCCAGCUGAGAGUUGCGUAUUGGUGUGGCAUUCAGCUGUUUCUGCAUCUGUUGAUUAAAGCAGCAGAGUGUGAGAGACAGACAGGAGAGAAAACACUGGAGCUGUUAAUAUCAGUGUGCUCUUACAGCUCUUUUCCUUAUGGAUACACUGACGACUAUAAACAGAGUGAUUUCCUCCUGGAUCUGUUCUCUCAUGUGAAGGAGUAUGAGACUGAAACAGGCAGGAGUUUUCUUCCAGCAUUACAACCAGUUUACCAGUCAGCUCCUGCAGUCUGGAGAAUAAACCUCUCAGAGAAAAAGAGCUCCCUCUUACUAGAAGUGCUGAAACUCCAAACAGUGAAGAAACCAGUAGAACUGAGAGGCUGCUCAGAUGAAGAGAGUGAAGUGAGGAGUUUCCUUCAGUGUCUGCCCUUCAUCUCCCAACUGAGUUUCAGAUCUGUUCAGGGUGAAUGUAAAGAGUGGAGAAAGAGAUGGAAAUUAUUCCUGCUGGAUCUGUGUCUGCAAGCAGCUCUUCACCAGGAAAUGAUGAGUCACACAACUGUAGAGAAACUUAUCUCAUGGGCGUACAGUAAUAAAGAAGAUUUCUUUUUGGAUCUGUUCUCACAUGUGAAGAAGUAUGAGACUGAAACAGGCAGGACGAUUCUUCCAGCAUUACAGCCAGUUUACCAAUCCGCUCCUGCAGUCUGGAGUAUAAACCUCUCAGAGAGAAAGAGCUCCCUCUUCCUAGAAGUACUGAAACUCCAACCAGAGAAGAGACCAGUAGAGAUCAGAGGCUGGUCCUGUGAAGGGAGUAAAGUGCGGAGUUUCCUUCAUUGUCUGCCCUUCAUGUCCCAGCUGAGAAUUGAUAACUGCUCUCCCAUCACAAAAAACUCAGAGAUCUUUAUGGAUCUGUUGAUUAAAGCAGCAGAGUGUGAGAGACAGACAGGAGAGAAAACACUGGAGCUGUUAUCAUCAGUGUGCUCUUACAGCUCUUUUCCUUAUGGAGACACUGACGACUCAAAUCAGACUAAUUACUUGCUGGAUCUGUUCUCACAUGUGAAGAAGUAUGAGACUGAAACAGGCAGGACGAUUCUUCCAGCAUUACAACCAGUUUACCGGUCGGCUCCUGCAGUCUGGAGAAUAAACCUCUCAGAGAGAAAGAUCUCCCUCUUACUAGAAGUGCUGAAACUCCAAACAGAGAAGAAACCAGUAGAACUGAGAGGCUGGUCAGAUGAAGAGAGUGAAGUGAGGAGUUUCCUUCAGUGUCUGCCCUUCAUCUCCCAGCUGAGUUUCAGAUCUGCUGAGGGUGAGAGUGAUGAGUGGAGAAAGAGAGUGAACUCAUUCCUGCUGGAUCUGUGUCUGCAAGCAGCUCUUCACCAGAAAGAGGAUCUUCACUCAACUGUAGAGAAACUGAUCUCAUGUUCAUAUGGUGAAAAAUCAGAUUUCCUGCUGGAUCUGUUCUCUCAUGUGAAGAAGUAUGAGACUGAAACAGGCAGGACGGUUCUUCCAGCAUUACAACCAGUUUACCAGUCAGCUCCUGCAGUCUGGAGUAUAAACCUCUCAGAGAGAAAGAGCUCCCUCUUCCUAGAAGUGCUGAAACUCCAAACAGUGAAGAAACCAGUAGAACUGAGAGGCUGCUCAGAUGAAGAGAGUGAAGUGAGGAGUUUCCUUCAGUGUCUGCCCUUCAUCUCCCAGCUGAGAAUUGGUUUUGGGUCUGACAUCAGAACAUUUCUGGAUCUGUUGAUUAAAGCAGCAGAGUGUGAGAGACAGACAGGAGAGAAAACACUGGAGCUGGUAAUAUCAGUGUGCUCUUACAGCUCUUUUCCUUAUGGAUACACUGACGAGUUUACACAGAGUGAAUACCUGCUGGAUCUGUUCUCUCAUGUGAAGAAGUAUGAGACUGAAACAGGCAGGACGAUUCUUCCAGCAUUACAACCAUUUUACCAAUCAGCUCCUGCAGUCUGGAGAACAGACCUCUCAGACAGAAAGAGCUCCCUCUUACUAGAAGUGCUGAAACUCCAAACAGUGCAGAAACCAGUAGAGCUGUGGGGCUGCUCAGAUGAAGAGAGUGAAGUGAGGAGUUUCCUUCAGUGUCUGCCCUUCAUCUCCCAGCUGAGUUUUAUUUGUGGGAGUGGAAGAGAUCUCCAGUUUCUGGUGAAGCUGAUUACUGCAGCAGCAGAGUGUGAUUCAACUACAGGACAGAACUUCACUAAACUGCUGACAUCUGUGUGCAGCUACACAACCUUCCCUUACAGAGAGAUUGAUGAACAGGAUGAUGAAUUUUAUUCUGAUCAGAGUAAAUUCCUGCUGGAUCUGUUCUCACAUGUGAAGAAGUAUGAGACUGAAACAGUUAGGACGAUUCUUCCAGCAUUACAACCAGUUUACCAGUCAGCUCCUGCAGUCUGGAGUAUAAACCUCUCAGAGAGAAAGAGCUCCCUCUUCCUAGAAGUGCUGAAACUGCAAACAGUGAAGAAACCAGUAGAACUGAGAGGCUGCUCAGAUGAAGAGAGUGAAGUGAGGAGUUUCCUUCAGUGUCUGCCCUUCAUCUCCCAGCUGAGUUUUAAUGGAACAGAUCUGGAUCAGUUUCUGGUGAAGCUGAUUACUGCAGCAGCAGAGUGUGAUUCAACUACAGGAGAGAACUUCACUAAACUGCUGACAUCUGUGUGCAGCUACACAACCUUCCCUUACAGAGAGAUUUAUGAACAGGAUGAUGAAUUGUCUUAUGAUCAGAGUAAUUUCCUGUUGGAUCUGUUCUCUCAUGUGAAGGAGUAUGAGACUGAAACAGGCAGGACGAUUCUUCCAGCAUUACAGCCAGUUUACCAGUCAGUUCCUGCAGUCUGGAGAAUAAACCUCUCAGAGAGAAAGAGCUCCCUCUUCCUAGAAGUACUGAAACUCCAACCAGUGAAGAAACCAGUAGAACUGAGAGGCUGGUCAGAUGAAGAGAGUGAAGUGAGGAGUUUCCUUCAGUGUCUGCCCUUCAUCUCCCAGCUGAGGUUCAGAUCUGCUGGUGGUGAGAGUGAUGAGUGGAGAAAGAGAGUGAACUCAUUCCUGCUGGAUCUGUGUCUGCAAGCAGCUCUUCACCAGAAAGAGGAUCUUCACUCAACUGUAGAGAGACUGAUCUCAUGUUCAUAUAGUGAAAAAUCUGAUUUUCUGCUGGAUCUGUUCUCUCAUGUGAAGAAGUAUGAGACUGAAACAGGCAGGACGAUUCUUCCAGCAUUACAGCCAGUUUACCAGUCAGCUCCUGCAGUCUGGAGAAUAAACCUCUCAGAGAGAAAGAGCUCCCUCUUCCUAGAAGUGCUGAAACUCCAAACAGUGAAGAAACCAGUAGAACUGAGAGGCUGCUCAGAUGAAGAGAGUGAAGUGAGGAGUUUCCUUCAGUGUCUGCCCUUCAUCUCCCAGCUGAGUUUUAAUUGUUGGAGAGAAACAGAUCUCCAGUUUCUGGUGAAGCUGAUUACUGCAGCAGCAGAGUGUGAUUCAACUACAGGAGAGAACUUCACUAAACUGCUGACAUCUGUGUGCAGCUACACAACAUUCCCUUACAGAGAGAUUGAUGAACAGGAUGAUGAAUUUUAUUCUGAUCAGAGUGAUUUUCUGCUGGAUCUGUUCUCACAUGUGAAGAAGUAUGAGACUGAAACAGGCAGGACGAUUCUUCCAGCAUUACAACCAGUUUACCAGUCAGUUCCUGCAGUCUGGAGAAUAAACCUCUCAGAGAGAAAGAGCUCCCUCUUCCUAGAAGUGCUGAAACUCCAAACAGUGAAGAAACCAGUAGAACUGAUAGACUGCUCAGAUGAAGAGAGUGAAGUGAGGAGUUUCCUUCAGUGUCUGCCCUUCAUCUCCCAGCUGAGAGGAGCUGAGAAGUUUGUCCCUGUACUGUGUAAACAUGUUCAGUCAGUAAAGGAAGCAAAGCAGGCGACUCUCCUGCUUCAGGCUCUGGACUUUUCUCUCACUCUGGAAGGAAAGUUACCCACUUCCAGCUGCAGAGCUGUGGGGAGAGUGCUGCGUCUCUCAGACUCCAAACUUAACCUCACUCUGAACCCACAAUCCAUCUCUCUCAGAGGAACCAGACUUCUCUUCAGACCCGUCAAACACCUGCAAACUCUCAGGCUGAAUGCUGGUAUGGUGCUGAAAGUGGAGAGAGCUCUGAGAGCAGUAAGAUUCUCUGCUCCAGUGACAAUUAAGGAGCUUUCACUCAUUCACAGCAAAACAAAGUGGACAGAUAAGAAACUGUCUAAGAUCCUGAGCGGCUUAGCUUCUCUCCUGAGACUUUGUGAUGUCCAGUGUCUGAACCUGACUGAGCACAGGAUGGAGCCUCAGUCCCUCACUGUCCUGCUGUGUCACCAGGACCCUCUCACCAUCAGAUUGUCCAAAGAGACUCUCCAGCAGAUGGUGGUCAUGGUGUAUGAGACUCAGGAGGAGGAGUUUACUCACAGUUUCCUGCAGAAAGUGGGUGGAGAUCUGGAGUCCUGCUCUCUGAACUGGGAAAUGAUUCCGUAUUUCCUGCAGUAUCACAGUCUCACUGUGGACUUUAGGAAGAGCAAAAUUAAUCAGCAGAACUUCAGAGAACUUGUAACUGUGCUGGACAGAGUUCAGAUCAGAAGGUUGAGCUCCAGGUUUCUGCUGUCCAUCAUCAGAGAGAUCUAUGAGACCGGUUCUGCUCACUGUGUGUCCAGCCUGUUAAAUUCAACACAGAACUGCAUUAAUCUGAACAGCAGAGAGCUGGACUCUGUCCACUGUGCUGCCCUGUGCUUCAUCCUCCAGCACAGCAGCACUGCAGUCUCCCUCAGCCUGCUGUGGACCUCCAUACCAGAGGGGGAGCUAGAGAGCAUUGUGCCCCUACUAAACCACGUCUCAAACCUCAGUGUGGACAGGCUGUUGUUGCUGAGGCUGCUUCACUGCUGCAGUGUGUCUGAGCUCCAGCAGGGAGCAGCAGCAGCAGCUCUACUCUCAGCUCUUCAGCACAGACUGGACUUCUCCUGCAGCUCCACUCUGGACCUUACAGAACACACCCAGACACACACUCUGAGCUCUGAGGACUGCAGAGUCAUCUCCACUGUCAUCCAGAGAGCUUUCACACACACUCAGCUCAUCCUGCAGGACUGUGAAAUAGAGGAGGCUGGAGUGGAGCAGCUCUUCAGUGUUUUACACACAGUCAGACUGCACUGCAGUAAAGCUCUGCUGCUUCAGUUCCUCACUCUUGUCCGAGUGGAGAGUGAGAUGGAGUGUGUGAGGCGUGCUGCAUCCCUCUCUCAAGCUCUGAGUGAAGAACUGGACCUCAGUCAGACCCAGCUGGACCUGCAGGCCUGUAGGACGCUGGCGCUGUUUCUGGAAUAUUCAGAAGGACUGUCAGAACUGGACCUCAGCCACUGUCAGAUCACUGAUCACUGCCUGGAGCUGCUGCUUCCACACCUGCACAAAACCUGCAUACUGGACCUCAGCCACAAUGACAUCACUGACGUCUCAGCAAAUAGAAUCUACAAUAUUGUCUCUGUUAACAGCAGCAUUCAGACUGUGAGACUCUUCAACAACAGAAUCACAGACAGACAGCUCUUCCUCUCAGACCAGCGCUUUGAGAUCUGGUGAUGCCAAAAAAUAUCAUCAUGACUAGAAUUAGAACCAUUAGAACCGUUAUUUUAUGUUACAAAACACUGUAUAUCGACGGUAUGUGUAAGAAAAAAAUGUAUUGCUUACAAAAUAUAUAUUUUUUCAGAUCUUUUCAGAUUAUUUUAACUGUAUUUUGGUUUAUUUUCCUCUGUUGUAAUGUAAAAUCACAUAAAUGACCCAGGCUUUUAAAUUGUGUCCAUAAAUAGUUUGUGUAAAUUACUGUAUAUACAAUGGCAUGAUGCAGUGGAAAUAUCACAACUAUUACAAUACACAAAGUGCAAUAUUAGCUUUUUUUGUCUUCAUGUAUUUUCUUUAUAUAUAUAAACUGUGUCACAGUGAAACAAGGCAAGGAAUCAGGGAGGUAAGGGAGUUUUUAUGAACAAUAAGAGCUGUGAGAAGAGUGUGACCCUGAGUGGCUCUGCUGUUGCUCUGCUGUUCUGGGACCAGUUUAUAUGAACUAGGAGACGUCAAGCUAUCUAAGUGUGGUGAUGGGAACCUGUCCUCAGAUAGACAGCGCAUGGCUGUUCUACAAGACGUAAAGUUGUACACAGGCCAGAAGAUCUUUCCAUCUUCUCCUUUCUUCUGUUUCAUCUUCUCACAGACUUUAGGAUACUUAAGGACAGUUUCAUAAGUACAUGAAACACAGGGAUGAUAAGAACUUGUUUAACAGACUGGCUUGAGCUAAUCAUAUCACUGGAGCUGGACAACAAUCUUUUACUGGACACGGCUGAUGUAGUCGUAUACAUAGAUUAUAAACAAUUGCAUUGAAUCAUAUUGAUUUACAUGUCAUUUGCAUAAAGAAAAGGGUUUGGAUAAAGUAUGUGUUGGGUUAGGGGAAAGAGAUUCCCAAGGGUUUGCUUUUGUCUCUGUCUCGGUUGACUGAUCGAGGUAUAAUUACACUGUUUUGACUCAUUCAUGUACUUUUAUUUUUUUCUAAUGUAUCUAUUAAUUUAUGUUCUUUUUAUAUAUCUGUAAUACUACUAAAAACUAUUUUUCCAGUAAACUUUAAUAUAAUGUAAAUUCUAAA